AUGGAGAAGCUGACUGUAGUGGUGGAUCUGAUGAAAGCGACUGUGAAAGAGCGUUCCUUGUGUGAUGGAGUCAAUGACUGUGGGGAUUUUACUGAUGAAAGCAACUGCAGCUGUACUGCAAACCAGUAUGCAUGCAACAACAGCAACAAUGAAUGUUUGGAGUGGAUCUACGUUUGUGAUGGAGAAGCUGACUGUAGUGGUGGAUCUGAUGAAAGCGACUGUGAAAGAGAAUGCGCCAGAAGUGAAUUCCGCUGUGCUGAUAAGAAGCACUGCAUUCGUGGAAGCCUGUACUGUGAUGGGGUGACUGACUGUGCAGACGAGAGUGAUGAAACUCCAGACUGUGCAUGCCGCUCAGACCAAAUACGUUGUGGCAAUGGGAGCUGCCUGGCAAUAGCGUUCUUGUGUGAUGGAGUCAAUGACUGUGGGGAUUUUACUGAUGAAAGCAACUGCAGCUGUACUGCAAACCAGUAUGCAUGCAACAACAGCAACAAUGAAUGUUUGGAGUGGAUCUACGUUUGUGAUGGAGAAGCUGACUGUAGUGGCGGAUCUGAUGAAAGCGACUGUGAAAGAGAAUGCGCCAGAAGUGAAUUCCGCUGUGCUGAUAAGAAGCACUGCAUUCGUGGAAGCCUGUACUGUGAUGGGGUGACUGACUGUGCAGACCAGAGUGAUGAAACUCCAGACUGUGCAUGCCGCUCAGACCAAAUACGUUGUGGCAAUGGGAGCUGCCUGGGAAUAGCGUCCUUGUGUGAUGGAGUCAAUGACUGUGGGGAUUUUACUGAUGAAAGCAAUUGCAGCUGUACUGCAAACCAGUAUGCAUGCAACAACAGCAACAAUGAAUGUUUGGAGUGGAUCUACGUUUGUGAUGGAGAAGCUGACUGUAGUGGCGGAUCUGAUGAAAGCGACUGUGAAAGAGAAUGCGCCAGAAGUGAAUUCCGCUGUGCUGAUAAGAAGCACUGCAUUCGUGGAAGCCUGUACUGUGAUGGGGUGACUGACUGUGCAGACCAGAGUGAUGAAACUCCAGACUGUGCAUGCCGCUCAGACCAAAUACGUUGUGGCAAUGGGAGCUGCCUGGGAAUAGCGUCCUUGUGUGAUGGAGUCAAUGACUGUGGGGAUUUUACUGAUGAAAGCAACUGCAGCUGUACUGCAAACCAGUAUGCAUGCAACAACAGCAACAAUGAAUGUUUGGAGUGGAUCUACGUUUGUGAUGGAGAAGCUGACUGUAGUGGCGGAUCUGAUGAAAGCGACUGUGAAAGAGAAUGCGCCAGAAGUGAAUUCCGCUGUGCUGAUAAGAAGCACUGCAUUCGUGGAAGCCUGUACUGUGAUGGGGUGACUGACUGUGCAGACCAGAGUGAUGAAACUCCAGACUGUGCAUGCCGCUCAGACCAAAUACGUUGUGGCAAUGGGAGCUGCCUGGGAAUAGCGUCCUUGUGUGAUGGAGUCAAUGACUGUGGGGAUUUUACUGAUGAAAGCAACUGCAGCUGUACUGCAAACCAGUAUGCAUGCAACAACAGCAACAAUGAAUGUUUGGAGUGGAUCUACGUUUGUGAUGGAGAAGCUGACUGUAGUGGCGGAUCUGAUGAAAGCGACUGUGAAAGAGAAUGCGCCAGAAGUGAAUUCCGCUGUGCUGAUAAGAAGCACUGCAUUCGUGGAAGCCUGUACUGUGAUGGGGUGACUGACUGUGCAGACCAGAGUGAUGAAACUCCAGACUGUGCAUGCCGCUCAGACCAAAUACGUUGUGGCAAUGGGAGCUGCCUGGGAAUAGCGUCCUUGUGUGAUGGAGUCAAUGACUGUGGGGAUUUUACUGAUGAAAGCAACUGCAGCUGUACUGCAAACCAGUAUGCAUGCAACAACAGCAACAAUGAAUGUUUGGAGUGGAUCUACGUUUGUGAUGGAGAAGCUGACUGUAGUGGCGGAUCUGAUGAAAGCGACUGUGAAAGAGAAUGCGCCAGAAGUGAAUUCCGCUGUGCUGAUAAGAAGCACUGCAUUCGUGGAAGCCUGUACUGUGAUGGGGUGACUGACUGUGCAGACGAGAGUGAUGAAACUCCAGACUGUGCAUGCCGCUCAGACCAAAUACGUUGUGGCAAUGGGAGCUGCCUGGGAAUAGCGUACUUGUGUGAUGGAGUCAAUGACUGUGGGGAUUUUACUGAUGAAAGCAACUGCAGCUGUACUGCAAACCAGUAUGCAUGCAACAACAGCAACAAUGAAUGUUUGGAGUGGAUCUACGUUUGUGAUGGAGAAGCUGACUGUAGUGGUGGAUCUGAUGAAAGCGACUGUGAAAGAGAAUGCGCCAGAAGUGAAUUCCGCUGUGCUGAUAAGAAGCACUGCAUUCGUGGAAGCCUGUACUGUGAUGGGGUGACUGACUGUGCAGACCAGAGUGAUGAAACUCCAGACUGUGCAUGCCGCUCAGACCAAAUACGUUGUGGCAAUGGGAGCUGCCUGGGAAUAGCGUCCUUGUGUGAUGGAGUCAAUGACUGUGGGGAUUUUACUGAUGAAAGCAACUGCAGCUGUACUGCAAACCAGUAUGCAUGCAACAACAGCAACAAUGAAUGUUUGGAGUGGAUCUACGUUUGUGAUGGAGAAGCUGACUGUAGUGGCGGAUCUGAUGAAAGCGACUGUGAAAGAGAAUGCGCCAGAAGUGAAUUCCGCUGUGCUGAUAAGAAGCACUGCAUUCGUGGAAGCCUGUACUGUGAUGGGGUGACUGACUGUGCAGACCAGAGUGAUGAAACUCCAGACUGUGCAUGCCGCUCAGACCAAAUACGUUGUGGCAAUGGGAGCUGCCUGGGAAUAGCGUCCUUGUGUGAUGGAGUCAAUGACUGUGGGGAUUUUACUGAUGAAAGCAACUGCAGCUGUACUGAAAACCAGUAUGCAUGCAACAACAGCAACAAUGAAUGUUUGGAGUGGAUCUACGUUUGUGAUGGAGAAGCUGACUGUAGUGGCGGAUCUGAUGAAAGCGACUGUGAAAGAGAAUGCGCCAGAAGUGAAUUCCGCUGUGCUGAUAAGAAGCACUGCAUUCGUGGAAGCCUGUACUGUGAUGGGGUGACUGACUGUGCAGACCAGAGUGAUGAAACUCCAGACUGUGCAUGCCGCUCAGACCAAAUACGUUGUGGCAAUGGGAGCUGCCUGGGAAUAGCGUCCUUGUGUGAUGGAGUCAAUGACUGUGGGGAUUUUACUGAUGAAAGCAACUGCAGCUGUACUGCAAACCAGUAUGCAUGCAACAACAGCAACAAUGAAUGUUUGGAGUGGAUCUACGUUUGUGAUGGAGAAGCUGACUGUAGUGGCGGAUCUGAUGAAAGCGACUGUGAAAGAGAAUGCGCCAGAAGUGAAUUCCGCUGUGCUGAUAAGAAGCACUGCAUUCGUGGAAGCCUGUACUGUGAUGGGGUGACUGACUGUGCAGACCAGAGUGAUGAAACUCCAGACUGUGCAUGCCGCUCAGACCAAAUACGUUGUGGCAAUGGGAGCUGCCUGGGAAUAGCGUCCUUGUGUGAUGGAGUCAAUGACUGUGGGGAUUUUACUGAUGAAAGCAACUGCAGCUGUACUGAAAACCAGUAUGCAUGCAACAACAGCAACAAUGAAUGUUUGGAGUGGAUCUACGUUUGUGAUGGAGAAGCUGACUGUAGUGGCGGAUCUGAUGAAAGCGACUGUGAAAGAGAAUGCGCCAGAAGUGAAUUCCGCUGUGCUGAUAAGAAGCACUGCAUUCGUGGAAGCCUGUACUGUGAUGGGGUGACUGACUGUGCAGACCAGAGUGAUGAAACUCCAGACUGUGCAUGCCGCUCAGACCAAAUACGUUGUGGCAAUGGGAGCUGCCUGGGAAUAGCGUCCUUGUGUGAUGGAGUCAAUGACUGUGGGGAUUUUACUGAUGAAAGCAACUGCAGCUGUACUGAAAACCAGUAUGCAUGCAACAACAGCAACAAUGAAUGUUUGGAGUGGAUCUACGUUUGUGAUGGAGAAGCUGACUGUAGUGGCGGAUCUGAUGAAAGCGACUGUGAAAGAGAAUGCGCCAGAAGUGAAUUCCGCUGUGCUGAUAAGAAGCACUGCAUUCGUGGAAGCCUGUACUGUGAUGGGGUGACUGACUGUGCAGACCAGAGUGAUGAAACUCCAGACUGUGCAUGCCGCUCAGACCAAAUACGUUGUGGCAAUGGGAGCUGCCUGGGAAUAGCGUCCUUGUGUGAUGGAGUCAAUGACUGUGGGGAUUUUACUGAUGAAAGCAACUGCAGCUGUACUGCAAACCAGUAUGCAUGCAACAACAGCAACAAUGAAUGUUUGGAGUGGAUCUACGUUUGUGAUGGAGAAGCUGACUGUAGUGGCGGAUCUGAUGAAAGCGACUGUGAAAGAGAAUGCGCCAGAAGUGAAUUCCGCUGUGCUGAUAAGAAGCACUGCAUUCGUGGAAGCCUGUACUGUGAUGGGGUGACUGACUGUGCAGACCAGAGUGAUGAAACUCCAGACUGUGCAUGCCGCUCAGACCAAAUACGUUGUGGCAAUGGGAGCUGCCUGGGAAUAGCGUCCUUGUGUGAUGGAGUCAAUGACUGUGGGGAUUUUACUGAUGAAAGCAACUGCAGCUGUACUGCAAACCAGUAUGCAUGCAACAACAGCAACAAUGAAUGUUUGGAGUGGAUCUACGUUUGUGAUGGAGAAACUGACUGUAGUGGCGGAUCUGAUGAAAGCGACUGUGUAAGAGAAUGCGCCAGAAGUGAAUUCCGCUGUGCUGAUAAGAAGCACUGCAUUCGUGGAAGCCUGUACUGUGAUGGGGUGACUGACUGUGCAGACCAGAGUGAUGAAACUCCAGACUGUGCAUGCCGCUCAGACCAAAUACGUUGUGGCAAUGGGAGCUGCCUGGGAAUAGCGUCCUUGUGUGAUGGAGUCAAUGACUGUGGGGAUUUUACUGAUGAAAGCAACUGCAGCUGUACUGCAAACCAGUAUGCAUGCAACAACAGCAACAAUGAAUGUUUGGAGUGGAUCUACGUUUGUGAUGGAGAAGCUGACUGUAGUGGGGGAUCUGAUGAAAGCGACUGUGAAAGAGAAUGCGCUAGGAGUGAAUUCCGGUGUGCUGAUAAGAAGCACUGCAUUCGUGGAAGCCUGUACUGUGAUGGGGUGACUGACUGUGCAGACCAGAGUGAUGAAACUCCAGACUGUGCAUGCCGCUCAGACCAAAUACGUUGUGGCAAUGGGAGCUGCCUGGGAAUAGCGUCCUUGUGUGAUGGAGUCAAUGACUGUGGGGAUUUUACUGAUGAAAGCAACUGCAGCUGUACUGCAAACCAGUAUGCAUGCAACAACAGCAACAAUGAAUGUUUGGAGUGGAUCUACGUUUGUGAUGGAGAAGCUGACUGUAGUGGCGGAUCUGAUGAAAGCGACUGUGAAAGAGAAUGCGUCGCAAGUGAGUUCCGCUGUGCUGAUAAGAGGCACUGCAUUCGUGGAAGCCUGUACUGUGAUGGGGUGACUGACUGUGCAGACCAGAGUGAUGAAACUCCAGACUGUGCAUGCCGCUCAGACCAAAUACGUUGUGGCAAUGGGAGCUGCCUGGGAAUAGCGUCCUUGUGUGAUGGAGUCAAUGACUGUGGGGAUUUUACUGAUGAAAGCAACUGCAGCUGUACUGCAAACCAGUAUGCAUGCAACAACAGCAACAAUGAAUGUUUGGAGUGGAUCUACGUUUGUGAUGGAGAAGCUGACUGUAGUGGCGGAUCUGAUGAAAGCGACUGUGAAAGAGAAUGCGCCAGAAGUGAAUUCCGCUGUGCUGAUAAGAAGCACUGCAUUCGUGGAAGCCUGUACUGUGAUGGGGUGACUGACUGUGCAGACGAGAGUGAUGAAACUCCAGACUGUGCAUGCCGCUCAGACCAAAUACGUUGUGGCAAUGGGAGCUGCCUGGGAAUAGCGUCCUUGUGUGAUGGAGUCAAUGACUGUGGGGAUUUUACUGAUGAAAGCAACUGCAGCUGUACUGCAAACCAGUAUGCAUGCAACAACAGCAACAAUGAAUGUUUGGAGUGGAUCUACGUUUGUGAUGGAGAAGCUGACUGUAGUGGCGGAUCUGAUGAAAGCGACUGUGAAAGAGAAUGCGCCAGAAGUGAAUUCCGCUGUGCUGAUAAGAAGCACUGCAUUCGUGGAAGCCUGUACUGUGAUGGGGUGACUGACUGUGCAGACCAGAGUGAUGAAACUCCAGACUGUGCAUGCCGCUCAGACCAAAUACGUUGUGGCAAUGGGAGCUGCCUGGGAAUAGCGUCCUUGUGUGAUGGAGUCAAUGACUGUGGGGAUUUUACUGAUGAAAGCAACUGCAGCUGUACUGCAAACCAGUAUGCAUGCAACAACAGCAACAAUGAAUGUUUGGAGUGGAUCUACGUUUGUGAUGGAGAAACUGACUGUAGUGGCGGAUCUGAUGAAAGCGACUGUGUAAGAGAAUGCGCCAGAAGUGAAUUCCGCUGUGCUGAUAAGAAGCACUGCAUUCGUGGAAGCCUGUACUGUGAUGGGGUGACUGACUGUGCAGACCAGAGUGAUGAAACUCCAGACUGUGCAUGCCGCUCAGACCAAAUACGUUGUGGCAAUGGGAGCUGCCUGGGAAUAGCGUCCUUGUGUGAUGGAGUCAAUGACUGUGGGGAUUUUACUGAUGAAAGCAACUGCAGCUGUACUGCAAACCAGUAUGCAUGCAACAACAGCAACAAUGAAUGUUUGGAGUGGAUCUACGUUUGUGAUGGAGAAGCUGACUGUAGUGGGGGAUCUGAUGAAAGCGACUGUGAAAGAGAAUGCGCUAGGAGUGAAUUCCGGUGUGCUGAUAAGAAGCACUGCAUUCGUGGAAGCCUGUACUGUGAUGGGGUGACUGACUGUGCAGACCAGAGUGAUGAAACUCCAGACUGUGCAUGCCGCUCAGACCAAAUACGUUGUGGCAAUGGGAGCUGCCUGGGAAUAGCGUCCUUGUGUGAUGGAGUCAAUGACUGUGGGGAUUUUACUGAUGAAAGCAACUGCAGCUGUACUGCAAACCAGUAUGCAUGCAACAACAGCAACAAUGAAUGUUUGGAGUGGACCUACGUUUGUGAUGGAGAAGCUGACUGUAGUGGCGGAUCUGAUGAAAGCGACUGUGAAAGAGAAUGCGCUAGGAGUGAAUUCCGGUGUGCUGAUAAGAAGCACUGCAUUCGUGGAAGCCUGUACUGUGAUGGGGUGACUGACUGUGCAGACCAGAGUGAUGAAACUCCAGACUGUGCAUGCCGCUCAGACCAAAUACGUUGUGGCAAUGGGAGCUGCCUGGGAAUAGCGUCCUUGUGUGAUGGAGUCAAUGACUGUGGGGAUUUUACUGAUGAAAGCAACUGCAGCUGUACUGCAAACCAGUAUGCAUGCAACAACAGCAACAAUGAAUGUUUGGAGUGGAUCUACGUUUGUGAUGGAGAAGCUGACUGUAGUGGCGGAUCUGAUGAAAGCGACUGUGAAAGAGAAUGCGUCGCAAGUGAGUUCCGCUGUGCUGAUAAGAGGCACUGCAUUCGUGGAAGCCUGUACUGUGAUGGGGUGACUGACUGUGCAGACCAGAGUGAUGAAACUCCAGACUGUGCAUGCCGCUCAGACCAAAUACGUUGUGGCAAUGGGAGCUGCCUGGGAAUAGCGUCCUUGUGUGAUGGAGUCAAUGACUGUGGGGAUUUUACUGAUGAAAGAAACUGCAGCUGUACUGCAAACCAGUAUGCAUGCAACAACAGCAACAAUGAAUGUUUGGAGUGGAUCUACGUUUGUGAUGGAGAAGCUGACUGUAGUGGCGGAUCUGAUGAAAGCGACUGUGCAAGAGAAUGCGCCAGGAGUGAAUUCCAGUGUGCUGAUAAGAAGCACUGCAUUCGUGGAAGCUUGUACUGUGAUGGGGUGACUGACUGUGCAGACCAGAGUGAUGAAACUCCAGACUGUGCAUGCCGCUCAGACCAAAUACGUUGUGGCAAUGGGAGCUGCCUGGGAAUAGCGUCCUUGUGUGAUGGAGUCAAUGACUGUGGGGAUUUUACUGAUGAAAGCAACUGCAGCUGUACUGCAAACCAGUAUGCAUGCAACAACAGCAACAAUGAAUGUUUGGAGUGGAUCUACGUUUGUGAUGGAGAAGCUGACUGUAGUGGCGGAUCUGAUGAAAGCGACUGUGAAAGAGAAUGCGUCGCAAGUGAGUUCCGCUGUGCUGAUAAGAGGCACUGCAUUCGUGGAAGCCUGUACUGUGAUGGGGUGACUGACUGUGCAGACCAGAGUGAUGAAACUCCAGACUGUGCAUGCCGCUCAGACCAAAUACGUUGUGGCAAUGGGAGCUGCCUGGGAAUAGCGUCCUUGUGUGAUGGAGUCAAUGACUGUGGGGAUUUUACUGAUGAAAGAAACUGCAGCUGUACUGCAAACCAGUAUGCAUGCAACAACAGCAACAAUGAAUGUUUGGAGUGGAUCUACGUUUGUGAUGGAGAAGCUGACUGUAGUGGCGGAUCUGAUGAAAGCGACUGUGCAAGAGAAUGCGCCAGGAGUGAAUUCCAGUGUGCUGAUAAGAAGCACUGCAUUCGUGGAAGCUUGUACUGUGAUGGGGUGACUGACUGUGCAGACCAGAGUGAUGAAACUCCAGACUGUGCAUGCCGCUCAGACCAAAUACGUUGUGGCAAUGGGAGCUGCCUGGGAAUAGCGUCCUUGUGUGAUGGAGUCAAUGACUGUGGGGAUUUUACUGAUGAAAGCAACUGCAGCUGUACUGCAAACCAGUAUGCAUGCAACAACAGCAACAAUGAAUGUUUGGAGUGGAUCUACGUUUGUGAUGGAGAAGCUGACUGUAGUGGCGGAUCUGAUGAAAGCGACUGUGAAAGAGAAUGCGCCAGGAGUGAAUUCCAGUGUGCUGAUAAGAAGCACUGCAUUCGUGGAAGCCUGUACUGUGAUGGGGUGACUGACUGUGCAGACCAGAGUGAUGAAACUCCAGACUGUGCAUGCCGCUCAGACCAAAUACGUUGUGGCAAUGGGAGCUGCCUGGGAAUAGCGUCCUUGUGUGAUGGAGUCAAUGACUGUGGGGAUUUUACUGAUGAAAGCAACUGCAGCUGUACUGCAAACCAGUAUGCAUGCAACAACAGCAACAAUGAAUGUUUGGAGUGGAUCUACGUUUGUGAUGGAGAAGCUGACUGUAGUGGCGGAUCUGAUGAAAGCGACUGUGCAAGAGAAUGCGCCAGGAGUGAAUUCCAGUGUGCUGAUAAGAAGCACUGCAUUCGUGGAAGCCUGUACUGUGAUGGGGUGACUGACUGUGCAGACCAGAGUGAUGAAACUCCAGACUGUGCAUGCCGCUCAGACCAAAUACGUUGUGGCAAUGGGAGCUGCCUGGGAAUAGCGUCCUUGUGUGAUGGAGUCAAUGACUGUGGGGAUUUUACUGAUGAAAGCAACUGCAGCUGUACUGCAAACCAGUAUGCAUGCAACAACAGCAACAAUGAAUGUUUGGAGUGGAUCUACGUUUGUGAUGGAGAAGCUGACUGUAGUGGCGGAUCUGAUGAAAGCGACUGUGAAAGAGAAUGCGCCAGAAGUGAAUUCCGCUGUGCUGAUAAGAAGCACUGCAUUCGUGGAAGCCUGUACUGUGAUGGGGUGACUGACUGUGCAGACCAGAGUGAUGAAACUCCAGACUGUGCAUGCCGCUCAGACCAAAUACGUUGUGGCAAUGGGAGCUGCCUGGGAAUAGCGUCCUUGUGUGAUGGAGUCAAUGACUGUGGGGAUUUUACUGAUGAAAGCAACUGCACCUGUAUUGAUGGUGAGUUCCUUUGCAAAAGCAGUGGAUGCGUGCCACUUUUUCUCGUUUGCGAUGGUGACAUUGACUGUGUAGACGGCUCGGAUGAAGCUUCGUUUUUAUGCAGACCAGCAAAGUAUAAUUUAAGAGUGAAGAUUACUUAUGAAUCAUGGCCAACUGACAUUGCACUAGGAAAUGAGUUACAAGUAUACCUGAAGAAACAAUUCCCAAAGGUGAACGUGGUCGUCAAAGGGCAUCAACUUCCAUAAUCAUAUAUAUAAUCGACCCAUAUAACAUUUAUAGUUUGUAAUCACACAUUUUCUUAAGAAGUGAAAUGUAGAGUGUUUUUUAAGACGGUUUUGAUGUGAACAUCAACUAUACCACCAUGUACACAAAUAACA